AUAAUAAUCACCUUUUAUUAGUUCGUUGCACUUUUUAAUGUUUUUUCCAGAAUGAUGAGUAUCUAUAAACUAUAUCAUUCGACCUAACUCGAGAACUUAAUUAACACCUCAUAUGAUAAUAUUCCACACAGAUUCAUCAUAAUUUGAAGAGCUAAUUAUUUUUGUCUGAAAGGGAAUCUCCACAUUAUUGAAAAAAAAUAGCUGUACUUCCCUCAACAAAAGUCACAGCCUUCCACUUUUCCGCCUGGCCGCCCCCACAAAACUUUCAGUAUAUAUAUACCCUUUUCACAGUUUUUCCCCACUACAGCUCCGACUUUCAUUAGCAAUUUCAUCUCCUCAUCUUUCUUAGCUUCCACUAAUAUUCCUUCACAUUUCUCUCUCCAAAAGCCUAAGAAAUUAAUCGCUAUGGAUUCUUCAGCUGUUAAGAUUUUCUUGGUUCUCGCACUUCUAGCCACCUCAUGCAUGGCUCAGGCUCCAUCAGCCGCCCCAACCGUCUCUCCAACAGCCACCCCGAUUGCUGCCCCGACUCCGGCACCCGUUAACCCGCCAUCUCCCACCCCAUCUCCGACACCUGCUCCGGUUCCCUCACCAGAAAAGGCUCCCACCCCAGCUCCCGCCGCCACCCCAACUUCAGCACCCACCCCAUCAGUUUCUCCGGCUUCUUCCCCGGAGGCACCCACCCCCGGAGCUGGCCUUACACCGGCUGAGCAGCCCACCGCCGACAUCGCACCAAGCGGCUCCUGGGUCAACAAGGCCGUCAUUGGCAGCACUGUCCUCGCCGGAACCUUCGUUGCUGUGGCUUUGAUGUAAAAACAAGACGCGUGCUCGGAUUACGUGGACGCUCUCAUUAACCUUAGAUCUGUACUUUCCACUUUUACCGACGGCUGAGAUUCAUUUGUUUUUUUUCCCUUUUUUUUGUUGCAUUGAGUCGUAGUGUUUUUUGCAUUUUUCCGUCUUUUGUAUUUUUCCCGGGAUAUAUUUGUUAUUUUGUAUGUUGUCUGUUUUAUUUUGUAUUUAAUUAGGCCACUACCAUUUGUGUUGAUUUAUUUGGAUGGUGAUGAUACAUGACUCUGUAUUCAUAUUUUCACAUUCUUAGAUGAGUCCCAUGUACAUGAAAAAUAAAUGAAUUCCUAUUCUUUUUAUGUUUUUUUUUUCCCAUACACUAGUUGUUUGUUUAUUGUUUGAUUAUAAACAACUUGUCUCCUUUUCUUAAUUUCUCAUCCUACAAUUACUCUUUCAAAAUUUUCAUAUUAUAUCAAGAUACUUCUUCUUCAGAAUAAUAAUUUCGGAUAUCAUGAGUAAUAUAAACGAUGAAAUUUUUUUAUAUUAUGAAUGUUUCACAAUUGAACGUUGUUCCCUUCUCAAAUCAAUGCCAAUAUUUAUCUUUUUAGCAAUAUAACUCAGAAGAGUUAGUGACGGAAGGUGUUGCAUUUCUGUAAUUUUACGCGGAUGAAAUUGUAAUAAAUCAUAAAUGGUAACAUGUAUAAGAAAAUAUAAGUUGCAAUCGUAGAAUCAAUGCUGGAUAAAAUCAACCAAUCAAACAGCCAAAAAACCUGUCACCACCUC